AAUGCAUGUAUUAGUGUUUCAGCAGCAGGACGGGAGAGGGAAGGUCUGAGUUUGGCAAUGUUGUGAAGAUGGAAGAAUUAAGAUUUUACAGUCUGUUUGACGUGCUGAUCAAAGGAGAGUGUAGAGUCCAGAAUGAUGCCAAGGUUACGUGCGUGGGGGGAUGGAGAAACAACGGUGUCAUCGAUGAUGAGAUUGAAAGUGCCAGUUUUGUUGAGUGGAUCUGGUUCCAAUUAGUACAAGUUCUGUUUUGUUACUGUUUAGUUUGAGGAAGUUGUCCUUCAUUCAUGCUUUUAUUGCAGUCAGACAGGAUUCAAUAUGGGUCAGAGGUGGGUUGGUGAGAGACUUGGUGGCUAGAUAUAUUUGUGUAUCAUCAGCAUAGCAGUGGACAUUUAGGUUGAAGUGGCAGAGGAUUAGACCAAGGGGAAGGAUGUAGAUGACAAAGAGUAGGGGACCAAAUACUGAGCCCCGGGGGACCCCUUGAGUGACUGUAGCUGAGUCUGAGUUUUGGCCUUUUAGUGAGAUUAAAUGGGUUCGGUUAGUGAGAUAGGAAUUGAGCCUGGCAAGUGCAGUUCCCUCAACACCCAGCCCCUUGAGCCCGGUGAGCAGAAUCUGGUGGUUAACGGUGUCAAGGCAGCACUCAGGUCGAGGAGAAUCAGGAUGUUGAGGGAACCGGCAUCACCAGAGAGGAGAUGGUCAUUGACGACUUUGAGGAGUGCAGUUUCUGUGCUAUGGAUUGGAAUGAAAUUGUUAAGGAUGGUGUUGUCUAGUCCAGGUUUCUUUAGGAUGGGGGUGACAGCAGCAGCUUUGUAACAGGAGGGGACAAUACCAUUGGUGAGGGACAGGUUGACUAUGCUUGUGAUGUGUGGACAGAGAGCAGGUAUGAAGGCUUUAAGCAGGACUGUGGGAUAGGAUCGAGAGUGCAGGGAGUAUUUUUGGAUGUCAUUAUGAGCUUUGUGAUGUAAGCGGAAUCAACCGGACUGAAUGAGGAGAGGUGAGAGUCCUGGGGAGCAGGUGAACCAAUAUGGAGGUUAACAGGCUGUGGUAGAUUCAUUAGAUAGUGAGGAGUUUAUUGUUGUUAUUUUAUCUUUACUAAACUGCAAAAAAGAGUUGCCAAGUUUAGUGGAGGGUCUAGAGAGUGAGUCAUUGCAGGGCUGAAGUAGUUUGCUGACAGUAGAGAAGAGGGUCCGGGAGUUCAUACAGGAGCGGUUGAGUUUGUUUGAGAUGUAGGAGAACCUAGCUGCACUGAGGGCAUCUCUGUAAGCUGAAAGGUGGUGUUUGUAGGCUUCAGUGUGAACUGUGAUCCCCGAUUUUCUCACUCGUUCAAGGCGACGACGAACUUGCAUCAUGGUUCAGAGCUCAGAUGUAAACCAGGGGGAUGAGGAGGUGAAAGAAAUGUCUAGUUUUUAGUGGUGCCAGAGAGUUGAGGGAGACAGACAGUAGUGUUGAGAUGGUUAGCGUGUUCUUCAGGUGAUUUGAGGGUGGAAUCAAUCGGAAGAGCAGAGCAGAUGGCGUCUACAGCUUUGAUGUUACGAAGAGAGAUGAUGCGCUUGUCAGUGUUGUGUGGUACGUUGGAAGAAAAUGAGAAAUUAAUUAUCUUGUGGUCAGACAACGGAAAUGAAGAUGGAGUUAUAUGAGUAAUGGUAAGGCCGACGGAGCAGAUGAGAUCAAGUAUGUGACCUUUGAUAUGGGUGGGGAAAUUAACAUGUUGGAUACAGUUAAAACAGUCCAAGAGAGCAAUGACAUCAUAGGUAAGUUUGGAGCUAGGUGAGUCAAAGUGAAUAUUCAUGUCGCCAAGGAGGAGAAGUCUACAGCAAUGGGGAGUAGUUCAGCUAAGUCGGAGAGGAAUAAGUCAUUAGCUUUUGGAGGAUGACAAAUAAGGAUGAUGGUUGGGGAGUAUGUUGAUUUACAGGCAAUAUAUUCAAAUGAGGUGAAGGAUGGAAGAGACAACUUAGUGAUUUUAAAAUGGGAUUUGUAUAGUACAGUAAGGCCACCACCAUGACCUGUUAGGUGGGACAGAUAGCUAAAACCAUUGGGAGGGGCUUGAUUUAAUAUGAAAAAAUCUGGGUAUUUGCCACGUUUCAGUUAGGAAAAGAAAGUCCAGCUUGUUGUCCGGCAUUAAUUCAUAGAGCAGGGGUGCUUUAUUAGUCAUGGAGCAGGUGUUUAGGAGAGCAAGGAUAGUAAUGCAAAAUGUAGAAGCAGAUGUGUAGAUUGUGGUAGAUUAAAGGGAACAGGUUUACAGUUCGACCGGAUUUAUACGGUGGAUGACGUGAGUGAGACCAGAGGGAGGUAAUGUUUCCGGAACGACUACAGUUAACACACAAUUUGCGGCAUGAGCUUCGAUGUGAGUAGGAGCGUCUUACGUAGGAUGGCAGACGAACGGGCAUGCGCCAUUACAUCAGAAGAAAUGCGAUAGUUUUUGUUCAUGGAUUGUAGAUCGUUUGAAAGAAAACGGCUGGUGCUGGGCAGAGGAUUGCCAAAAGGAGUAGACGGGAUUCAACCGGCAGAUACAUGGCAUCAAUAGUAGUUGAGUUAAAGUCACAGGGGAACCUGCUCUGCCAAUCGGACAUUCAAUCAGCCCACAACGCAGCCACCUAUCAUUUAACACUAGCAGCCACUGUCAAACCACGUUCUGAACAACAACCCAGACCAGAGAAAACCAAUGAGAAAAUGGAGACUUACUCAGUGUAAUUGACGGCUGGGGCCCAGGCGAUGGCAAAUAAGUGGAGAACUGCUUGGCAGCGCGAGCGCCUGAGGGAAGAACAAGUGGAGAUGUCGUGGAGCUAGAUAGCGGAGUAGUUGACAAGAGACUUUAAAACGAGAUGGAGAGUUCACACAGGCCGCCCACUAGUGGUAUUCCAGAGAAGGAGAAGUGGAAAUCCAACAGUAGUAUAUUCCAGGACAGGGCAGAGAGGGUAGACAGGACCGGAAUGAGUAGUGCCUUGAUCAGAUGUGCUCUGGACUGGUUGUGAUUUGUCCUCACCCUUCACCUCAAUGGCAGAUGAAGACAGCCGUUCCCUGCUUUGUUCCAGUUAGCUUUGAUCUCAGAGAGAUGGCGUUGAUCCACAGCUAAACCACGGGACAUCCAUCUCCGUUUUCCUCUCUGCUCUGUUGGACCAUCUUCUGUUUUCUUCUUUUGGUUUGUGUCCCUCAGCAUGGCCUUCUUACUGGUGUCAAUGUUCCUCCUGGUUCUCCAGACAUAUGCUGCCCCGCCAGAGUUUGUUCAGAGUCUGGAUCUUGGCCCGGGACUAACAACCAAUUACACACUGUCUCCACCACCAGGGACUAGCAAACGUGCCCCACACAGCAUCAUCAUUGGGGUGCGCAAGGGUGGCACGCGUGCCCUGCUCGAGAUGCUAGACAUCCACCCUGAGGUUGCGGCUGCCGCCACGGAGGUGCACUUCUUCGACUGGGAGGAGAACUACGCGAAGGGCUUUGACUGGUACAGAGAGCUGAUGCCCUAUUCCUACCCGCACCAGAUCACCGUGGAGAAGACGCCGGGCUACUUCACAUCUGCCUUAGCGCCAGAACGCAUCUGUGCCAUGAACUCAUCCAUUAAGCUGCUUCUGAUCCUACGGGACCCGACUGAACGGGUCAUCUCGGACUACACCCAGGUCUACUUCAACCGCCUGGAGAACCAUAAGCCGGUGCAGGCUAUUGAGAACCUGCUGGUGCGCAGUGGAGCUCUCAACACACGCUACAAGGCCAUUCAGCGGAGCCUCUACGACGUGCACAUGCUUAACUGGCUCCGCCACUUCCCACUGGAGCAGAUCCACAUCGUGGAUGGGGACACUUUGAUCCGGAACCCCCUUCCCGAGCUGCAGAAAGUGGAGCGUUUUCUCAACCUGCCCCCCAGGAUAAUGUCGUCCAACUUCUACUUCAAUCAGACCAAGGGGUUCUACUGUAUCCGGAGUGAUGGCCGAGAGCGCUGUCUGCAUGAAUCCAAAGGGCGUCCCCAUCCUGUCGUCAACGGGACCGUGCUGCAGCAGCUACGGUUCUACCUCCGGGAGCACAACCGUAACUUCUACCGGCUAGUGAAACGUUCCUUUGACUGGCAGUAAGCCAGUCGACUCUUUCCUCAGAAAGACUACUUCCUCCUGGCCCAAUGCCCUGUUUAAGGAAUGAGUGAUUGACCAAUGUCAUAGGGGUAGAAGCACUUUACAAACUCUGAUACCGAAAGCCGCAGUCAAUCGCUUUGUACUCCACUUUGGUGUCAGCAGAGCAGUUUCACAUUUACAAAACAAAGCAAGAACUAUAAACAUAAGCUUACAUGGAAAAAUACCCCAAGCUUUUCAUUCUCUGUACUGUACCUACCAAAAGUGAAAUGAUGCAGAUUUCUGCAAAACAAUUUUGUGAACCUGAUGAAUUUUUUUUGUUGUUUUGUUUAAUAUUCUUGUACUUGAUAAUAAAUUGUUAUGCUUUAAAAAUAAACCUGUGGCACAGGAA